GUGUGCGCGCGCGCGGUUCUUUCCCUGCGCGGCCCUUAGCGACGGUCGUCGUCCAGGAGGAGGUGAAGUGAGCGCAGCUUCUGAGGAACUUCUUGACCUGAUUGACUCACAUCAUCACCGCCCAUAAAGUGGAGCCAUCCCGGAAAUGAGCGGCUCUUCCUCCGCCAGCGCAGCUCUCUCCUCCCGAUAACUCCGCGCCGUGCAGACGCUCCACCACAGCCGUCCCGCUCGCCCGAAUAACCGCAGUUUCGGAUGUGUGGCGUCCACCGCGCAAGUCAGCCUCCGUUUUAUUGUUGACCCGAUUCCACGCGGACUUCGAGUGACUGAAUCCUGAAAAUCCCCCAAAACCCCAAACAUGGCAACCCAGAUCGAUAAGGAGGCUUGCAGAGAGGCUUACAACGACGUCCGGGACGAUUCCACGGAGACCAACUGGGCCGCCUUCAAGUAUGAGGGCUCCACCAUCGUGCCCGCGGGACAAGGGACCGACUACGAGGACUUCAAGAACCUGUGCACAGACGACACUCGUCUGUUCGGCUUCGUCCGGUUCAUGACGGGAGACGCCAUGAGCAAGCGGGUCAAGUUCACCCUCAUCACCUGGAUCGGGGAGAACGUGAGCGGUCUGCAGCGGGCCAAGAUCAGCACCGACAAGACCAUGAUCAAAGACAUCGUGCAGACUUUUGCUAAGGAGUUCAUGAUCAGCGACCUGCGGGAGCUGGACGAGGAGUACAUCCGCUCCGAGCUGAAGAAGGCCGGCGGCGCCAACUACGACGCCCAGACCGAGUAGAGAGGGGCGGUCCACCGCCUGGAUCGGGGGGUGGGGUGGGGUGGGGGUGCUGCAUGAAGUCCUCAUGAUCACGACUUUAGAUCUCACAUCCUUAGACCCCAAAACAUGAAGAGUCUUCAGGAGCGGAAAAGUUCUCUGACUCAAUCUGACGUUUGUGUGCAGAUCUCACCAACCGUAGAGGGCUUCUACCCGGGUCAGAACCAUCAGAACCUUCCGGUCUGCAUGGAUCCAGUUUAAGUUCAGAACCGAACUGCUGCAGAAACGUGUAGCUGUUGCAUGAUCAUUAUAGAUGUUGGUGUCCAUGACGUGCUGAAACAUCCAGCCGGGUCGCACCGAAGCGGUUCUGCUCCGUUCUGACCGUUCCUCGUCUCCUUUCCCGACUCCUCGGCGGAUCUGGCGGCGAUCCCCGUCCCGCCGCAGAACAGCAAACUGAAGUUGCCUUGGUGGCUGCAGCACUGUUGGUCCACAAUAAUCGGAAGCAACGAGGACGAAGGGUUUCAUCUCAGACGCGUUCGACACCAGAACGCGCUCCCACGUCGCCACACUGAACCUCCAGGGAGGAAAGAUCGCCGCCGUCCCGCCGUUUCCUCUCACGGUUGAUGAGUUAGAGGCGGCGUGUUUCCCCGCCUCCUAAUCUCAGCUGCGUUUAGCUUACAGCGAUCUCUGCAGCAUCUCCAGACCUGAGGGGAAACGGAGGUCGGAGGUCUUUCCUUCCGGUGUCUCAUCUCAUGAUCGACCACCUCAAUACGACUGUGUCUGACUGCCUUAGUCUCCCGUGGAGAGCGGGGCAUUCUGGGAGACUGUGGACACUACACUGUGAUGGGCUGUCCUCUUCAAAGCACAGGGGGGUCCGGGCUUGUCAUCCCAACCAGGAGGAACCACUUCUCAGUUGUAGCACAUCCAGUUAUGUAGUUUCCUUCCCCUAAAACAGAUUAGGAUUUCUCUCCAUUUUUACAUUUUUCUUUUUCAAGACAAUUAAUGUUUUUUUAAAGAACAUUGUAAUGGACGUCUAAAAAAA